UGUGUUUGUCCCAGCUCAUCAGUUUUCACUUUUCAUUCAAUCAACAAGCCUACUUACUCUCUUAAUAAACAACAAAAAAUGAGCCGUUUUAUUCUUUUUGCCGCCAUCUUGGCUAUUAUUGCUUUUUCGGCAAAUGGAGCCAGCAACCUCCCAGCUUUGGAUAUGAGCUCGAUUCCUGAUGAAUACAAGGAUUUGGUCCCACCGGAGGUUACAACUUUCUACAAUGAAUUGACCGAAGACGACAAGAAAAUCUUGAAAGAAGUCGCCGAAAAGCACAGUGAAUAUGCAACUGACGAAGAUGCUUUGAACGCUUUGAAGGAGAAGAGCGAAAAGCUUUACACAAAGGCAAACGAGCUCCGCAAUUUGGUCAAAGACAGAAUUGGCAAACUCAACCCUGAGGCAAAGACAUUCGUCGACACCAUCAUCGAAAAACUUAAAGCUCUUCGCCCCAAGAAGGAUGAGAAGCCAAACCUCACUGAACUCCGAAAAGAAGCCAACGAAAUUGUUGAGAAAUUCAAGGCUUUGUCUGAUGAAGCAAAGGAAUCUCUAAAAACCAAUUUCCCCAAGAUCACCGGCGUUAUUCAAAACGAAAAGUUCCAGAAAUUGGCUCAAAGCUUGUUGAAACCAGAAGGCGCUGCUGCACCAGCCUAA